UUGAGGCGAAAGUUUCGGUUUUUAGUAAAAGGCAACUGAUUUUGAAGCUAUGGCGGUGGAACCCCAAGUUUCCAAUUAGGGUUUGCAGACCCUGAUCUUAAACCCAUCACAGAAAUUUAGGGUUUUUGGAGGAGGAGGUAGGUCUAAUCGACUCUAAAGGUUAGGGCUUUGAAGAGUCUCGGGCUUUGGAUCGCUGCUGAGGGUGAAAGGAGGAGUCUUUAUCAGGUUGAAGGGUGUAUUAUUAUGUUUGGUAGAUGCAGUCUGGGGCUGAUAUGCAAUUCUAACAGGUCUGCUAGUGUUAGAGGUUUUUCUGAAGGAUUUCACUUUAACCACUCCUUUUGGAAGUAGCUAUGCUACCCACUGGAGCGCGAGAUACACAACUCCGUGAGAGCAAUAGCCAGAAGGUUCACCCACAACCGAUGGAAGAGUCAAUGAAUCAGAAUCCAGAAGCUGUGGAAGCCCUGAUAUCUAAGGUUUUUACAAACAUCUCGUCCCUGAAAUCAGCUUACAUCCAGCUCCAAGCUGCUCAUACUCCCUAUGACCCUGACAAAAUUCAAGCUGCUGAUAAACUUGUUAUUUCUGAGCUGAAAAACCUCUCUGAACUUAAGCACUUCUACAGGGAGAACAAUCCCAGCCCAGUAUGUGUUUCUCCACAGGAUUCCCGCUUAGCUGCAGAAAUACAAGAACAACAAAUUCUGCUGAAAACCUAUGGGGUUAUGGUUAAAAAGUUCCAGUCUGAGAUCCAGAAUAAAGAUUCUGAAAUCAUGCAGCUUCAGCAGCAUAUUGAGGAGGCAAAACAGAAGCAAGCUAAGUUGGAAAAGAACCUAAAGCUUAGGGGCUUGUCUACAAAAGAAUCAGAAGCUUCUGCCGGUGAAAAUGGAUUUUCUCCUGUGGAUUUAACCCCUGAUCUCUUCACAUCGGUUGUUGAAGCUGCAUAUAAAGCUAUUCAUGACUUUGCCAAACCAUUGAUCAACAUGAUGAAAGCAGCUGGGUGGGACCUUGAUGCAGCUGCCAACUCAAUUGAACCGACCGUUGUUUAUGCAAAGAGACCUCACAAGAAGUAUGCAUUUGAGUCUCAUAUAUGCCAAAGAAUGUUCAGUGGCUUCCAGCAGGAAAGCUUCUCCAUCAAAUCAGACAAUCUAACAGUAAAUAAGGAGAGCUUCUUCCACCAAUUUCUCACUCUGCGGGACAUGGAUCCAUUGGACAUGCUUGGCCAAACUCCAGAUUCUAUUUUUGGGAGAUUUUGCAGGAGCAAGUACCUAGUAGUGGUUCACCCGAAAAUGGAGACUUCAUUUUUUGGGAAUUUAGAUCAACGAAAUUAUAUAAUGGGUGGUGGUCAUCCAAGGACUCCGUUUUACCAGGCUUUCUUAAAACUGGCCAAGUCAAUAUGGCUUUUGCACAGGUUGGCCUUUUCGUUUGAUCCUCAUGUUGAGAUCUUCCAGGUUAAGAGGGGGAGUGAGUUUUCAGAGGUUUACAUGGAAAGUGUGGUGAAGAAUUUGAUAAUGGAUGAAGGUGAUCAAAAGCCUAAGGUUGGUCUCAUGGUGAUGCCUGGUUUUUGGGUUGGAGGCAGUGUGAUUCAAAGUCGAGUUUAUCUCUCUGGUAUGAAGGUUGCUGAAUGACAGGCCAGAUCCGUUCUGUUCGAUGUCCAUAUGGGUAUGUGGUGUUUUAUACAGUCUGUUGCUACUCUCCAUAUAUUGUUGUUUGUAUUUUUCUUGUAUAAUUGUAAGAUGAAAUAGCUAUUAAAUAUCAAUCACUCUCUCUAUCGUUUCUGGCAUGUGUUCUGUAAUAACUUAUAAGCAGACGUAUUGUCAUCUUUUCUUAGAAUCUGGUGUAAAGAAACUACGAGGGAAUGAGUCAAUUUGGAUUACUAUUAUGUAGUA